UUUAAAAAAAAAUUCUCUCUCACCCAUUGGUAGAGAAAAAAAGAACAGAGCCAACUCAUCCGAAGAACGAUCAAUCUCGCCGAUCAAAAUCCCCAAAUCUUCCAAACCCUAAUACUCACAGCAAAUCGACAAUGUCUUCCACCUUCAGCGGCGACGAAACCGCUCCCUUCUUCGGCUUCCUCGGCGCCGCCGCCGCCCUGGUAUUCUCCUGUAUGGGUGCGGCGUACGGGACGGCGAAGAGCGGAGUGGGAGUGGCGUCGAUGGGAGUGAUGAGACCGGAGCUCGUGAUGAAGUCGAUCGUUCCGGUUGUUAUGGCUGGAGUGUUAGGUAUUUAUGGAUUGAUUAUCGCUGUUAUUAUUAGUACCGGAAUUAACCCUAAGGCCAAAUCCUAUUACCUCUUUGAUGGUUACGCUCAUCUCUCCUCUGGUCUCGCUUGUGGCCUCGCCGGUCUUUCGGCCGGUAUGGCCAUUGGUAUCGUCGGCGAUGCCGGUGUUAGAGCAAAUGCACAACAGCCAAAGCUUUUUGUUGGAAUGAUUCUCAUUCUCAUCUUUGCGGAAGCCUUGGCUUUGUAUGGCCUUAUUGUGGGAAUCAUUCUUUCAUCACGAGCUGGCCAAUCAAGAGCAGAAUAGAGGGAGAUUUCGUUACAUCGUUCUAGCAACGGCGUCGUUUGAGUUGCGUGGUUCCCUAUGAACUUCUGAUUGCUUCAUUUUAAAAUUCAGCCUACUGCUUCUUGUUGAACCCAGGGCGAGUUUCUUUGUAAUAAAGCAUACUUACUGAGCUGUGCUAUUAAUUGCGCUAUUUCUGUAUCUACUUAAAAAAUUAAACGUAGCAUAGAAGCUAUUAUCUUGGAAGUAUCUCCAAACAUUUUUUAAACGCCAUUUGUAAUUUCAUCUUUUAAAAUUUGCUUUCCAGAUGAUGAUUUUAUGGACCUUUUUAUUAUUAUUAUUGAGAAUA